AUUUUCGGCGGAAAUUUGAAGGGUUUCGUGAACAACUCUGUUGUUUGUAACAUGCUCGUUUAGCUAACUUUCUUUAAGAUUCGACCACAUGAAAAUGAUCUUUAUCGGGUUUUAAAACCCCAGUAAAACAAUUCACUUAUAUGGGUGUCAUUAAAAACCCAGAAUUAUCUUGGAAACCAUCUUAUCGGUCAUAGCAUGUUUUACAACUCUUUUCGGUCAUUACUAAGUGUACUUAUCUUUAAAAAAUGUGACCAGAAAAACAGAAGCUAGAUUUGUUGGCUCAGUUUGGGGUUGCGUUCUUUUUUACUUUUGUACGUUUAUUCAUGAGUAUUGGACGCAUCGAAUAUAUAUAUAUAUAUAUAUAUAUAUAUAUAUAUAUGAUGAAGAGCGAAAGAAAAUCAUAUCUAGGGUAACCAAAAGUAUAGGGACCAACCGUGAGCAUUUGUGGGGAACGAAAUCAAAAGAGAUGAAAAAGGCAGCGGCUGUAGGCAAAACAAGACAGCUCUUCAGACUAAUAAACAAAAAAAAUGGAACCAAGAAGUCAAGUGUUAUUGAGACGACACUCUUAUCUGUUCUUAGUCCAAACGUUUAGAACGAUGGGCGGAACAGUUUAUCUGGACUACAGCUAAUCUACAACUACCCUCAAUUCCCAAACAGCCUGAAUGGAGUAUUGAGGUUGGUCCUCCGACUCGAGUUGAGUUUCAAAAGCUAUAGCUAAUCUGAAACCAGGAAUAGCAGCUGGUCCAGAUGGAUUAGCUUCAGAGGUCUUAAGUACAGUAGUCGAAUUUUAACGAUUAGGUUAGUGUAGGCCAAACCGAAACGUGGAUUCAGUGCUUGAAGUCGCUAACUUCUAGUCUGGACCAUGUUGGUAGAUGCAAACUAUUUGGUUGUGGUCCGCGUGACUAUCGUAACCAAUGAUUGGAGACUGUGUGACAUGGCUCAGAAUCUAUCACAUUGGCGUAGGUGUAUGCACUCUCUAUCUUCCCUUAAUCUAUGAGAUUUACAUUGCUUUAUAUCUUUAUUUCUACCAACUAAUUCUUUCUUUUUGUACUAUAUCCUUAUAUGUUAUCUUUUUCUUAUAUAUGACCACCAUUGAAGUAACUACCUCUGAAUUUAAUGUCCAUCUUGUGCUAAUGAGGUAUGGCAACUUGGACCGAUGCAUAUGUGUGCCUGGUCCUACGUUGUAGCUGAGUGACUGAUCCAGUACAUCAUAGUAAUUAAUGUACUUGGAUUGAAUAUUAAAGUACGGCCAUGGUCAAUGUCAAUCUUGGGCCUAGAAAACAAGCAACUUUUAGAUAUCUUCAUGUAUGGCGUUGUCUGUCGUCAGAUUUGUUGAGCUUAUUCACGCUAUGUUCCUUUGAUUCUCAUUACACCAUGUCUUCAGCCUCAUAAUACGUGAAAUAAGUCAUAUGUUCUCGUCUAUAUAAUGUACAUAAGUUACUUGAUGCGUCAGCUGGCUUUUAUUAACGGUAACAAGUAUUGUUUAAUUCCCAGAUUCAUUUUCCACUUAUCAAUCUAUUUAAACUUCACUGAUCUGGACAUUUCGCUAACUGCCGGUUACCAGAGAAAAAUACACUACCCCAUCGUGGUAUAUGACCAAGAAUUCCACAUUUCAGUCGGCUUCCCUAUGUACGAAAUUCUUAAUUGUAUAUUUUAUUCCUUCCUGUUCAUAUCCGGUCUAUAUUUCGCCGGUGGAAAGUUUCCAAGAGACCAUCCGGAAACAAUCAAGAGAAGAGUUGUCUCCGUGUUCGUGACAGGAACUAUUUCCAUGAUUCAUAUACUGACGUACAUACGUUCCUAUGAUCGUCCUCCGUUUCAGUUAUCUUCAUAUGAAUUUGGGAAACUGUUUAUUAGGCUGGAUGGCUUAUUAGAAGCAGUUAUUAUAUCUGUCAUACUUACUUUGGUCAUGUACUUUGGCGUUGUAUUGGAUGAUAUAUGUAGUGGAGAUAUGUUAGUCAUAUUUGAUGUUCAAUACUGGAAAGAUCGUAUAUUUAACUGGAUAAGUUUAAGAAAUUUUGUAAUAGCUCCUUUGGCUGAAGAACUCAUCUUCCGUGCAUGUGUUACAUUUCAUCUACUUCCUUUGUUCUCAUCAUGUGUUAUGCUUUGUUUCGUUAGUUCAUUAUUUUUCUCUUUAGCCCAUUUUCAUCAUGUUUUUGAAUCAGUGAAAAGUGGUCAAGAUCUGCAAUCUGCAUUUAAAACUUCACGUGAGUCCAUUUAUAUUUCACUAACUUUUUUUCAUGAACUUGUAUAAUAUAUUGAAUAAAGUAGCUAUAUUAAAUCAACAAAUCUCAUAGUUAUACACGUCGUUUAUGCUGUGUUUUACUGUUCAUGUUAAACAAUAACUAAAGACAUAUGAAGGAAUUUGUUAAAGACAGUAAAAAGAUUGUCAUCUUACGAAUAAAAGUGCCUAAAUCAAGAAAUAUCGUUUUUUUCGUUUCUCUCGCAUAUAGCAGAGCUAACGUGUGAUUAAUGCUAACGUCAAGGAUAAGUAAAAAUUAUUUCAUUUGAUCAAUCUGUGAACCGUUAUCGACUGAGGUAGCCGAAACAUGUGGUACACAUGUCUCGUAGAUGAAAUGCUUGUUAUCGCAAGUUGAAGAAGGAGAGAGUCGGCCAAAGUAAUUCACAACAUCAUUUCAUUACAGUAUUCGGCUGUUUUUCUAAGCCAUAUAAGAAAACACAUACCCCAUAAGUGUUUAAAUUCGUUCAUUUAAGUGCCUGUUUGUUGAAAAUGAUGACUAUAUGUAUUCUUUUAUUCGUCUUAAACAAUAAUGCAAAUGUGUCUGGGCUACGUUCUUCUCCCUCUGAAUGUAAAACGUUACUUUAGGACUCACUGUUCUACGUUCCUGACAAGAUUGUUUGCAUUUAUUCAUUCAUUUCUUUAAACAUGUAAACAUUGGUACAAGGAGACAACAAAUAUGUAUGCGUCACACUUCAUUAUUCGAUUUGUAUGAUGGAUGCGGGGCCGCUCGGACGCCCAAACCGAGGAAGGCUCAGAGAAAAAACCACCAAGAAAUGGAAUUAGUUUUCAUUCUAUUUCAUGCAUACUAGACCAUUUGACUUCAAAUGUCAUUCAAUUUUUAUUGACAUUGUUAACACACUUCUGAACACUUGAAUAGCUUGCUUUUUGUAUUCAUUUUAAAACUUUACAAUCUAUAUAUAACACUCAAUAAUCUUUUAGUUACUGUUUUGAAAGUUUGGUUAUCUUUAAAAUUUAACAUCCUUUACUAAUUUCCGAAUAUAUACACAGUCAGACAGGAAAGUUUCUUCUAAACUAUUCGCUCUGAUAUUCCCAUUCUUAGUAGAUGAUUUCGAAGUAUACUGAGAAUUCCUCCGUAAAUAGACGUUUCGCACUAUUAUUACCAGUUGGAGCUGCAAUAAUCAUUUCAGAUUUUUUUCUGACUCCUUGCGAUGUGGUGAAGAGCUUCCAGGAUCAUCUAGGGUAUUGUAGAAUUGCAUUAUUGGUUUUUUAUUUCUUUUCACAGACUGUCCGAAUAACCCAACAAUACAAACAUGCUUAAUAAUCUUAUUUCUUUUAAUCACAAAUGUAUUUUCAUACACAAGAAAAUUAUCUUACCACGAAACGCAUUUGAUAACUCGAUGUUUUAAUCGAAACAAAUGACAACUAUUUCAAGUCUUAUUGCAUAAAUAAUAGUCUCAUGCAAUAAGUGUGGCUCACAAAUCAAAUUUACCUGUGUGUAGUCACAGACCCUCGUCUCUUUAUAUGUGUGUUAGAUACAAGAUGGAUAAUUGUCAUAAUCACCAAACCAUUUCUUUUACUAUGUUCUUAUAGUGACCUGCAUUUUAUUACAAAUAAAUUGUAAAGCCUUAUUUUUUUACCUAGUUUAUUCAGAUUGAUAAAUAGUAUAGUAAAUUAGGAUCUACCUGCAAACACUCCCAUUGUAAAUCAUAACUUCUUCACAAAUGCAAAACUUGAAUCCUUGUUUAUAAUAGUUAGUAGGUACUAAGACUGACAUUCCUUCAGGCCCCAAUUAUCAAAGAAUUAACAUAAAAAUUGUCACAAAUCUAUAUAUGUAUGUUAAUUUUGUUCAGUGUAUCAACGCCAUUAUUCUGUAUGAGUUCUUUUAUUUUUCGUGCUUAUUAUGGCUCGCAUAAUUUAUUAAGUCGUAUGUUUUCUACUAUAAGGUCACUAUUAAAUAAAGUAAAUACACAAUAGAUUAUAUUAAAUUAACACACUACUUUUUAUGCAUAUAUUGUUUAUCAAGUUAGUGUACACAACUUCUCUGUUUACAUAUUUCAUUGCCUUGUAAUUUGAAUAUUCUGCAUAAAUUCGUUUAAAUGUAAACGCCUUCUUUCGAAGAAAAUUCAUUUGCAUACAUUUAUUAUUAGCCCCCAAAUGCCCUGGUAUGGCCGAGAGUGGGGAGAGUCCGCUCCUUCUCUCGAAGUGCUCUCAAAUGGUCACGCGUAUAUAGCCUCUGCUAUUGUGUUGUCUACGAAAUUGAGAGGACAAAAAGCAAAUGUCCGGCUCUUUAACCGAAUUAGUGGACACGGAGAGUCCACCUAGGAGAGUUGUAAAACCCUGAUUCCAAAUCAAUGGUGCACCUGGGCUCCAGUAUCCUGAAAGAACAAAUGUCGUAUGAACCAAUCGUUGGCCACGGGCUACCAUGGGACUGCAUCUCCUUAUAUUGUUCCAGUGCCUUGUGGAUCAGACCUUUAGGUCGAAGGCUCGAGGUGUGGCCUCUUAAGAAAACGACCUGCUUCGGUUUGGGCACCCGGUCAGUAUCACAGCCCUCACAUAAAUCGAAUAAUUCAUUUGGCGUAUAUUUGUUGCCUCAUUGUACCAAUGUUUGUGUGUUUAAAUAAAUAAUAAAUAAACAAAUAACUCUAAAAUAUAAAAAUACACUAUGAGUUUAUGUGGCAAACUUAUUUAAUAAUCCAAUCGCUUGAAAAUUAUAUGUUAGAUCGCUUUAAAAAUAUUCAGACAAUUCGACUAUUAUGUGUCUUUUAAUAUAACUGACAAAGGAUGAUUAUAUCCGUAAUCAACUAUAAAUGGGAUUAUCCAACUCACUGCCUUCUCGUGGCGGGGGUGUUGUUUACGAAAAUGAGAGGACGAAAAGCGAAUGUCCGGCGCUUUAACCGGAUUCCAAACCAAUGGUGCACAUGGGCACCAGUAUCCUGAAAGAACAAAUGUCGUAUGAACCAAUCGUUGGCCACGGGCUACCAUGGGACUGCAUCUCCUUAUAUUGUUCCAGUGCCUUGUGGAUCAGACCUUUAGGUCGAAGGCUCGAGGUGUGGCCUCUUAAGAAAACGACCUGCUUCGGUUUGGGCACCCGGUCAGUAUCACAGCCCUCACAUAAAUCGAAUAAUUCAUUUGGCGUAUAUUUGUUGCCUCAUUGUACCAAUGUUUGUGUGUUUAAAUAAAUAAUAAAUAAACAAAUAACUCUAAAAUAUAAAAAUACACUAUGAGUUUAUGUGGCAAACUUAUUUAAUAAUCCAAUCGCUUGAAAAUUAUAUGUUAGAUCGCUUUAAAAAUAUUCAGACAAUUCGACUAUUAUGUGUCUUUUAAUAUAACUGACAAAGGAUGAUUAUAUCCGUAAUCAACUAUAAAUGGGAUUAUCCAACUCACUGCCUUCUCGUGGCGGGGGUGUUGUUUACGAAAAUGAGAGGACGAAAAGCGAAUGUCCGGCGCUUUAACCGGAUUCCAAACCAAUGGUGCACAUGGGCACCAGUAUCCUGCGGGAACAAAUGGCGUAUGAACCAAUUUUCGGUCACCGGCUACCAUGGGACUGCAUCUCCUUACGAUGCUCCACUGCCUUGUGGGUUAGACCUUUAGGUCAAAGGCUCGGGGUGUGGCCCCUAAGAAAACCACCUGCUUCGGUCUGGGCACUCGGGCAGUAUCGCAGCCCACACGCAAUUAAUGAACUGGAAUUGUGUGGCGCAUAUAUAUUUGGCGCACUCCUGUACCAAUAAAUAUGUGUUCAAAUAAAAUAAAAUAAAAUAUCCAACAGAAAUAAACUAAUUUAAGCAAAAUAAAAUAUUAAAAGUAAUGACGCCAACGUGAGUACAAUACUGAAUAAAGAACGUAUCAAAAUGGAGGACGAUGGGGAUAGGGUUACGAUUUAUUGAACUCUCUAAGGAGUAUAAAAAACAGACACAUUUACAUAAACAUGGCAUAUCACCGUUAGUUUUCAACCAACUACAACGCCUACCUCUCCAAAGUGACUCAAAUCGACAGUUUUUAAUUUGAUAGACUAAUACCACAAAUAGAUCUACUGUUGUCUUUUCCUAACCUACUUCUGCUACUGGCCAGCAAAAUAUUUCACUGUAGGUUUCGAUUAGACAUUCUGACACAUGUGCCAAGUAAUGAGUGUUCAUUAUCUCGUCAACCGGUUUUCCAAUAUCCCUAUACUCUAGGUACGAUAACAUUUGUCACUUCGUAACUCACGCUCGACUUGUGCUUAAAAACUUUUGUAAUUAAACACUUCUGAAAAAUGUUUGUGUUUUUUAUAGAGUACGUUUCAUACUCAUCUAUGAAUAUUAAGCGGAUAUCUCGGUUAAUUCAAUGUUUGGAUAAGUUGGCAAUACAAAAUGAAGCUUCUUAUAAUUAUUCAUCUAAACUAGUAAGACUAUUAUGAUAAGCAAGAUGAUCACUGUAACCAUUUCCAUAUUUUCCUCAUACUGAGCUACAAAGAUUUAGGUAAAGAUACCAAAUACCUUAAUACUUGGCUGCUGUUUAUAGUCUACACUUUACUUACUUUCUCUUUGUCAGUUAUAUAGUAUUAGUAGGCCUCAUAUCAAAUGUGUUUCAAGCGUAUUGCGUGACAUUAGCACAGUAGAUCAUGUCUAAUAUUGUUUAUUUUUGUUCACUAAUAAACCAUAAACAUCAUUGUGAUGAUAUUUGUCACCUUGUUAUUUGUGACUUUAUUUUAAGUUAGCUGGUGGCUUUUAGUUAAUUGGAAUUUACUUCUCACAAGUAAUUUGUAAUUUUGGUUAUUAGAAUUAUAACCAUGGAAUCUAAACACAUUCUAAUUAUUAUAUUUAUCUUCUGAGUUUCCAUAAAGUUUCUGUCGUUUCUUAUUACUGACUUCAUUGUGAUCAUUUAAAACGUUAUUUAUUUUUAAAGUUUUCCAAGUGUUUUACACAACUCUAUUUGGAACGUAUUCUGGAUUUUUAAUGCUAAGAACUGGUAAGUUUAUGUAUUUCUAGUUGUACAGCAUACACUUUUUAUAUUCGUGAAGUUAUUUUUAAAAUUGAAAACUGCAAUAUCAAUAGUAGGCCUAGAUAUUACGUCACUGUAGGCAAUCUGUAAUUAACGAAAAAUACAGUCGAUGAUAAAGCUGAGAUGUAUAUUGGUAAAAUAUAAUCCCUUAAUAACUUUGCUUUUCUAUGCAAUAGGAUGGUAUUUCAUUGUUUGUACGUUAUUGCGUGAUUUCACCAUUCAGUAACGUUACUAACGUAUGUUUGCGGCUCUUGGAACAGUUUUUUAAAGCUGCGCUACAUGUCAAGGUUAUGGUAGUGUGUAUUAAGGAAGAUAAGUGUGAAAAUUGUGUUUAGUAGACGCUUGGUUAAUCCGUUUCCUAUGUUAAAAUUCGAAAUCACAAUGAAAUAACAAAAUUGUAAAAAUUAACCAGUAAGCAUCGUCAGUUUUUGAAGAAUCCUCUCAUACAGUUUAUUAGUCUCACUGAAGUUAUAGUGAUCUAGCAUUGUGAGUGACAUUUGGAAGCUUAAUAAUAAAUAUACACAAAACAUCCUUCCAUUUGUUUCAAUAGAUUAAUUCAACGUAAAAUUUGAGCUAAAAACUAUUAAUAUUUUCUUCUCAUGGUCAUUUCUAUGUCUAUUAGAAUUUUAUGAUAUUUGAAAUAAAUCUAGAUCUAUUCAGUUUUACGAAAUUUUUUAAUGAAGCGUUAUGGUACUUUAAGCAAUUAUUGUAAGUUAUACAAUACAUUUUUACACAUUCUGUAUCUGAAUUGGUUAAAAAAAUUAUUCAGUCAAGUGCAAAACUUAUAUAAAGCUGACAAGACUGAACUGGUAUUAAUCGUUGCUCAAGGUUGUCUGUCGGAUAAUGGUUAUUAAAUAAAGUUUGAAUGGAAUUUGUUGUGUUUACAAAAAUCUGUCUUUGUACUACAUGAUUUUAAAAGUAGUGAGACGGUUGAUAAGGUUGAUUCCGGUCUGUGCGCUGCAUUAAGAAGGAUUUAUCCAGUCUCUGAACUGGUAUCAUUGAGACAUUCGAAAAUUGUGAAAUACUCACUUAACGUUACUUCCGAUUUCUCUUACCAGUUUAAAGUGCGUGGCGAAUCCCAUAUAUUAGAUGAACAGAAAUGAGAGUUCUCGAUGUCAUCUUCAGUCAUGUUCUUCACAAAUUAGGACUAAGAGGUCAACAUUACUUUCAACUGUGUAAUCACCCGUCAUCUACUUGAUAGCGAACAUGACUUUGGAACUUUACGAUCGUUCUGAAAUGUUAGUAACCUUAUGACUUCGGACUUAUUACGUUUUAAUCAAGCCAUCACUUUCAAACGACUCAACUCGGAUUUAUGCUUUCAAAAAUUUACUGUUCUCAGUCUUACAAUAUCCUAGUGUAUUCAGUUCCCAAUACUUAGUUGCGUGACGUAACCCUUUAUGUUUGCAAUUAUAAAUUAAUUUUCUUUACCCCUUCUUGUAUCUUACACGAGCUUUACUCAUUGUAAUCCCAUAAUCAAUUCAUGUUUGUAGUUUUUAUUAUGUAACUUUGAAAUUUUCAGUAGCUUGUCUUCAGGAGUUUUAAAAUUUUCGCUUUGAUUUCACACUUUAUCUAACAUAGAAAUUUUCAACCACAUGAACGUCUCUUAUAAUUUUUUCAUACUUAUUGCUACUUUCACUAAUUACUGUUGAUGGAAACUUUACUAAAAUCAUGAUAUAAAGUAUAUACAACGUUUUCUAAAUACUUAAUACUAUCUUUUCUAGGUUCUAAGCAAUAGAAGAGAAUUCUCGAAAUAAAUCAGUUCAUGUUAUUCCACUAUGAUCUUUGUUCUGGCUUUAUUCAAAUUUAGAAAUAGGAAAUAUUUUAUGAAAUAGCACUUUUACUACCAACUGUGCUGACAUCGGCUCUAAAUCCAGAUUCAUUCUGAAUAUGUCUUGAGCAUUUCCAGUCUUAGUAACAAUUGUAUGUUUAGUCACCUCGCGAUCUAUUAUUUAGUGUAAUUAUUGUUGACAUAAAUACGAUGUACGACAAUCCGUUUGGGUUUGAACUAGUGACUUAGGCACUCAACAUUUGACUAAUAGAUUUCAAGACUCCAACCACAAUUCAUCUAGUUGUGUUUGAUCAACUGAUUAGUCCACAUUAAAUGCGGUUUGCAGUAAAAGGCAUAGAAUUAUGUUUGUUAUUUGAAUUGUAUUAGGAUCAAAUUUAAUCGGAAACUUCAGUCAAAUAUUUUAUCACGCUACAGAACAAGGGUUAUGUUGAGUAAUAAGAUCACUAUCAUUAUUAGGAUUUGUGUAUUAACAGUUGAAUUCACAAGUCAAUCUAUGACAGACCGCCAUUGAAAACCUGGAUGCGUGCGGGACUGUGAAUGUGCACUACUGAGGAGUCACAUACUAGGACGAAACGGACAUCGAGUACUUCCAAGUUUUAAAUGGUGUUCUAGCUUAGAUUGAUCCGUGAAUUUAACUGCUAAAAUUAGAUCGCUGUGUUAUGAAUGCAGAAUAAUAUACUAAUCAUCAUCAUGUUAAGUCUAAUGAUGUCCUUGGACCUUAGAUGGACAUUCCCUAUUGGCCAUUAUUUCUUUCACUCGUUAAAUAUUGUACAGAUGUUGUUUUCUAUUUUUAUGGUACGAUGUGGUCUGUUUGGUUAGUAUAUAAACAGAGUAUGUUUGAAAUAUAACGAUUCAUAACUCAGAGGCUGUGACUUGCGUUCUAGACUCAACUGGCUGGGCUAGACAGGGGAGCGGAACCAAUCGGGACUCUAGGUCGUCCUUACGUGUUUUACGUGUCACUGGAUCGAUCGAUAAUACGCUACGCAUUUAACCUGCAGUCCACCCGUAACAACAGCUGUUUGUUUUUAUGGUUACACACACCAUAUGAUCUGACUUACGUUGAAAAUUGAUCUAAUCACACAUAUGUGUAUCGGAUUUGAAAUUCUAAAUGGUUUACACUAAACAGCAUUUGGUUUCAUAAUUCUUCAACUGUGAUUCUUACAGAAAUAUUUAACAUGGUUACUGUUUAAAUACAGCUUACAAAUUUCGAUUUCGUUUUGUUAUAUAAAUGUAUGAUUGAAUUGUGCAUCCAAUAAAUUUCUAACUGCAUAAGAUAGUAUAACAUCGUAAAAAUUGACUAUUUUAUGUCUAGUGGAGAUCAGUCGCGAACUAAAUUAGUAGUGUAACUACGGGUGACUUAUUUUGUUCAUAAUUGGUCUGUAGAUAUAGCGCUAUUGAUUUUGUUUAUGUUAUGUUAUUUUGUCCUGUAAUACCGAUUUCAACAACAAUAUUGGUCAACUCUAAGCAGAUGGUAAGACAUCUAUAUUCAAAAAACCAACAAAUUGGUCAUAACAUUGUAUAUGAAUCUUUUCUUGCUGAUAUCUGUUUUUGUACACUGUUCUAUAAAAUAUUUGUUUUCGUUUAAGCACUUAAUUCCUGUGUACUUUGUAUACAUUGUAAAGAUUAUUACAAAAUAAGCCAAAUAUGUAACCUUUUUAAAUCAGUUAUAAAUGUGUUUUGAACUUAACCACAUUACGUGAAUAUUAUUUGAUGAAAGGAAUUAGAAUAAUUUUAUUUUAUUUAUUUGGGUACGUCUUUAGAGUCUUAUAAAUGGUAUGUUUUUUUUCUUCUGAUAUUGUUACCUGCAUCUGUCUACUGGGUCAUUUAACUCCAAAACUUUAACUAGUGUUCUGUACCUUAGGAACAUUUGCACCAUCAGAAGCGUCCGACUGAACAACAAAUCUUUCUCAUGAAUUCAGUAUUUCCUUUAGUAAUUUUUCCAUCUAUUUUAUUAAGAAAAAUGAAUUGCGAUAUACGUUGUACUUUCCAAAUAAUGAGGUUUCUUUUGUUGAUUAAUUCAUUAUAAUUUGUCAUUCGACCUGAUAGUAGAUCGUUACAUGUAGUUUUGCUACUUCCUUUCUGUUGAUUUUUUUAAAAGAUGCAUUCUACAAUAAUUCAUCAUUUAGGACGUUGGUAUAAAUCUUAAUAUGAUUCGCAUAAGAACUACACUGUUUUUUAAGCAGUCAGGAAUUGUCGAGUAUGUAUCUUAUGUAGCAGUUUACUUACCAGCUUGUUUUUCCAUAGUAACACUAUUAAAAUGAACAGAAAUGUUUUAAUAAAUGUAUUCUCUGGAAACUUGUAGAUCAUUACUUGACAUAUUCUAGUGUAUACAUAUAAUGCGCUCAGUUGUAAAAGAUAAUAUACUCUAGUGAAAACUCAGAUGUAACUGAUAAGUUUGUUACAAUGUUCUGAAUGAGUGUUAGUUUUGUAUAUGUUAUGUCUAUAUUUAAAUAUAAAAUUGUUUGUUCCACUUGUAGAAAAAUUUCCUUAAUGUCUUGUAGCUAUGUCGCAAGUAUAUGUGAUAGCAUAAAAUACCUACCUAUCUAUGUUUUGUCAAUCUUAGUAAAAAUUUAAUUUACUAGCAACUUUUUCAAUACACAUUUCAUCAUAUUUUGCUUACUGUAUAGGUAAUAUUGCUUCAAGUAUUGUUACACACUCCUUGUGCAACUUCUUCGGCUUACCAGAUUUAAUAGGUGCCAUCGAAAGAGCUAAGUAUCGUUGGGGUGUCUCUGGUCAAAUUUUCGCUAUUGGAUCUCAUCUUUUGGGGUUACUUUUAUGGGCAUAUUUGUUAUAUCAAAUAACUGAAACAAAAUGGUCCUCAUCAAACAACUGUCAUUGUGAUUGGUAUUGAGAGUUUUCAUGCCCAUAUGAAUUAUAGAUUUUUGGUGUUAAUAGGACUGUUAAAAUGUUUAGAUCUUCGUUUCAAUUAGACUGAAAAUUCUUAUCUGAUAUACAAAUAUUAAACAUUUCUAUAAUCCCGGUAAACAGCAAAUUUCAGUUCAUCGAAGGUACAAAAGUGGUAGGAAUUAAAACAGAUUUCACACGAAUUUCAAGGCUUCACCUCAUAUUCGGAAUUGUAAUUAGAUUUUGUGCUGUUAAGUAUGUACUUGUACGUCAUUAGUUUGUCUGUUUUUUUUACAUUGUAAAUGUGUACCCUUCUAAAAUCUGUCAUAAUUAUCAAAGUUUUCUGGUUUUCCUGUUUUUCGGUAGACGAUCUAUUACGUAUAUUUUAACAAUAUGUAGAUUAAUUACUCGUAUAUUAAUUACUGUUUGUGUCUUAUCGACCACUUAGCUGGAUUCUUCAGGUGCUACAUAGACAUAUGCUCAGCGGAGUGAAUUUCAGUAAUUUCAUGCUGUCAUUGAGAUACCACCUUACUAAUUAAGUCCUCCGUUGUUCGACCGCAUGCAAUGGAGAGCUGGGAGGCUUUCGUAUCAUACGACUUUCAUGUAUGUGGAAAAUGAGUACUUAUUUAUGCUCGUAUAUCCUGGGACCAUCGAGUAAGUAAUACAGUUGUUAGGAAAUGGGUACUACGUAAGGAUGGCAAAUCAAUUGAUGACGUAGUGAAAUUUCAUCAGUUGAGAUGGCUGGGACAUGUGUUACGUAUGCCCAACUACCGACUGCCUCGAUGCGCGAUGCUUUGUUGUAUAGGAGUAGAUUGGAAGAAAGCUAGGGGCGGCUAGAUCAAAAUAUGGCACAAAACCAUGGAGUCCCUGACAAGUAGACUGAAUCAUAUUGGUAGGUGUAGACUACCCGGUUGGUGGGGACCGCGAGAUGAUAGCAACCGAUGGUUAGAGACCCUGAAUGACAUGGCUCAAAAUCGUUUGCAAUGGCGCAGGUGCAUCCACUCUGUGUCCUUCCAAAUUCGAACCUGAAUUCUUCAUGUCCCUUUCUUUUUUCUCU